GUGGUGUGUGAGGGUGUGUGGUGUGUGUAUGGUGUGUGUAUGGUGUGUGUGGGGGUGUGCAGGUGUGUGGUAUGAGGUGAUCACUGUAGGAGCAGCAGCUGAUCACUCUCAGGGCUUCAAACAUGGAGGACUACAGAGACUCCUCUCAGCCAGGAGUGUGGGUGUGUCCUCAGAGCAGAGCUCCAGGGCCAGGGAGCUGCUGGGCAGUGUGGCCCAGCUGAGGCCUCUCCUCUGUGGGCAGGCUGAGGAGCUGCUGCAGGCCUCCCUGGAGCUCUGCUCCUCCCUGUUGCUACGCGCUCUGGACAGGCUGGCAGCCACGACAGGACAGUUUGUCCACGUCCUCAAAGACGAUCUGGUACGAAGCUCCCUAUUGGCUCUCCACACCACUAGCCCCGCCCCAACCCAGACAUGGAGUACGACGAGGAGGGACUGCAUGUGGGCUAAUGUAGCAAAGAGUCUGAACUGCAUCGUGGCGAUGGUGGACAGACUGCAGGAAAGAGAUCACACACCACAGGAAGUGACAUCAGAGGGGUCAACUGACAACACAAAGAAUACCGGCUGGCGGGACCAGCUGCUCCCCCUGGUGGUGACCCUGCAGGACUGUGUGGGGGAGGCGGAGGCGUGGGCGCGGCCUGCUGUGACAGCCUUCCUCCUGCAGGGGGAGCACCGCUGCUGCCCCGGAGCCCCCAUCACCCAGCGCAGAGACGCUGUGUUCAGCCAGGCGCUGUCUGCCCUGGUGUGUGGGGUGUGUCUGCGUGUGUAUUCAGGUCUGCAGGAUCAGCUGUUUCUGCAGCAGCUCCACCUGCAGGGGGUCCUGGUCCAGUACGAGGGACUGCUGAGCACCUACGGAGACGAGCAGGGGAUACUGGAGGAUAUGGAGGUAGGAGUGAUGGAUCUGAACAGAGUCUCCUUCAGCCUCAGCCUGGCCACGAGCGACCUGCCCUGCAGCAUGCAGCCCUGCCUGUCCUCCCCCCGGGGGGAUGACAUCGUUGUCCAGGUUCCGUUGCCCCCGGAUGCGUUUGCGGCGUUGCCGUGGGAACUCAGAGAUGGGCAGUUGGUGAGAGUUCAUCCUGUGUUCUUCAACAUAGGAAUCAACCAGCAACAGAGUCUGGCUGAAAGGUUUGGAGACAGCUCUGUUCAGGACAGGAUUAACAUGAGGAGCUUUGAGCUUCUGAAGGUCUACUACAACACACUGAAGAAGACACUGCCCUCUGUCUGUGGUGUGGAGGUGGAGCAGGUGGAGGAGGUGCUGGUGUCUCUGCAGGUCAGUCUGCAGAGCAAGAGGAGGAAGAACACAGAUGUGCUCUGGCUGGCAGCUCAGGUGUGCAGGGCUCUGAGGGGGGUCCGGUUGACCAGCUGUAAGAGUGCUAAGGACCGCACCUCCAUGUCUGUCACCCUGGAGCAGGUUAGGGUGCUCAGCCAGCAGCACAACCUCAGCCCCCAACACUUCCCCCACGCGCUGGACUGCAUGAGGAGGGAGGGCUGCAGGAUGGAGAACGUGCAGAAGAAUAUCUGCAGCAGGAAGUACGCCUUCAACAGCGUUCAGCUGCUCACCUUCCCCAGACUGUACCGACCCCCGGAGGGCACCUACGGAAGGGCGGCGUCCUAGAGGGGGGGGGGCAGGGGCGGGGAGCGAGAGAGAGGAGAGAGGGAAUGACAGGAAGUGUGUAAAUGUACCUCAGACUAUGAACAUGUGACCUAAUCUGUGCUUUUGUAAAGUGUCUCGUGUGUUAGCCUUCUGGACCUUGUAAAUAUGUUUUUACCCAAAAUAAAAAAUACAUAAUUAAAUAAUCAAACAAACUGAUUUGAGACUUCCCCACACACGCAUACUCCAAUUAUUGUUAUUAUGAAUUUAUUCAUGAAUAUCCCCGUUGUGAUACAUUGAGUCAUUGAUUACAUUUAUUAAUUUACA